CCAAUACUAAGGACGUUCAUUGUUUUUUGGAGUUUCAACAGCACUGUGUCUUCGCAGCAAGGCUCAGUCAGAGAAAUAGCAUUGCUGGAAGAACAAAUGUCUUUUUUGGAGGAUUUUGAUUUCUUCUUCAGCCCCACCACUCUGUUGGGGGCUGUUGCUUUCCUGCUUAUUCUCUUUCGUGUUUCCAGUAGCUUCACUUCUCAGAAGAGGCAGAACGAGCCUCCAGGGCCAAGGCCUUUUCCCCUGCUUGGCAACCUAUUGCAGAUUGAUCUCCAGAGACCUUACAAAACACUAUCUGAGCUUUCAAAGAAGUAUGGGUCAGUAUUUACAGUAUACCUGGGAACCAGUAAAGUGGUGGUCCUGACUGGAUAUAAGACAGUCAAAGAGGCUCUGGUCAACAAUGCAGAAGAAUUCGGAGACCGAGGCAUCUUGCCGAUAUUUAGUGAUAUUAAUGAAGGUCAUGGGAUUUUGUUUGCAAAUGGAGAAUCGUGGAAAGAGAUGAGGCGUUUUGCCCUCACCACCCUGAGAGAUUUUGGGAUGGGCAAAAGAAUAGCUGAGGAUAAAAUCGUGGAGGAAUGUCACCACCUGAUCCAGUUGUUUGAAGAACAUAAAGGGAAACCAUUUGAUACAACAUGUCCAGUGAAUUACGCAGCAUCCAAUAUCAUCUCCUCCAUUGUGUAUGGAAGCAGGUUUGAAUACAAUGACCUCCGAUUCAAAAACUUGGUGAGAAGAGCCAAUGAGAACAUACGCAUCACUGGCUCUGCAUCAAUCCACCUUUACAACAUGUUUCCUAGGCUUCUCGGUUGGUUGAAAAACCGACAGAAGAUAAUAAAAAAUGCUGAGAUGACUAUCAGGGAUGUUAAAGAGUUAAUCAAGCAUCUGAAAGAGACUCUGAACCCUCACACAUGUAGGGGGUUUGUAGACUGUUUCCUGAUUCGGAAGCAGAAAGAAGAGGACUCUCACGUUAUUGACACUCUCUACAAUGAGAACAACCUGAUAUUUUCAGUGACCAACCUUUUUGCUGCUGGUACUGAUACCACAGGAACUACACUGAGAUGGGGUUUGCUGUUUAUGGCCAAAUAUCCACAUAUACAAGACCAAGUACAGGAGGAGCUGAGCAGGGUGGUAGGAAGCCAUCAGGUCCGGGUAGAUGACAGAAAAAACCUGCCAUACACUGAUGCUGUCAUCCAUGAGACACAGAGACUGGCCAACAUUGUCCCCAUGGCUCUGCCUCACAAAACCAGCCGAGACGUCACCUUUCGGGGUUACUUUAUCGAAAAGGGGACCACCGUGUUUCCUCUGCUUACUUCUGUCCUGUAUGAUGAAAGUGAAUGGCAAAGCCCACACACUUUCAACCCUUCCCACUUUCUGGAUACGGAGGGUAAAUUUAUCAGGAGAGAUACCUUCAUGCCCUUUUCUGCAGGUCGCAGGGUGUGUCUGGGAGAGGGUCUGGCUAAGAUGGAGCUUUUUCUCUUUUUCACCUCCCUCCUUCAGCGCUUUCGUUUCACUCCUCCACCUGGAGUCACAGAGGAUGAACUGGAUCUGUCACCAGCUGUGGGUCUCACCCUCAACCCCUCACCUCAUGAGCUGUGUGCUGUCAGUCGUCAGUGAGGAGGAGAGCUGGAUGAUAUCAUAAAUGUCUUUGCCAAUUGCAUGAAUAUUCUUUUACUGAUGGCAUACUGAGCAGCCAGCAGAGGUCCCCAUCGUCAAGAGCAAGAUUAGUAGUGAUUUAAUUAAGGGAGUGAAUGGUGUCUAAAUGUUUUCAGUGAUUUGUACACAUUAGAUUUAACAAUUUAGAGGGACCUGGUUGUGUAUGUUUCUGAGACCACUACAUUUGCCUAUAUAUUUCUGUCUCUGAACUUGUAAUUUGUCAGGGGUUUCAUUUCUUAUGUCAGAAAUCAUGUAAUUUAAAUACAUUUAGACUAUAUAAAUUUAGAUUAUUUUGCCUCAGCUUCCAUACUUAGUGUUCAAGUUAGUGUUCAGUUAUUGCAGCCCAGAUGAUUUAUAUCAUUGACUAGAAAAAUUGCCCCUACAGCACCAGAUGUGUGAAUGUCAAACUGAUGACUGAAUAAUAAAAACAUCCUUUUACGCAGGAUAUAAAA